AGUGUGCGUGUGUUUUGGGCGCAAGGUAGCAAUGUUGUAUUAGUUGUUUGGUGCAAAACAGUAUAUCAGACAUGAAUUCAACUGUAUCAUGUAUUGUGUUCAGCUUUUAUGUGAAAGUGCCGUCAUGCAGGACAAAAAAUGAUUUGCUUUGACGAAGAAGAAUUUGCGUAAAUGUUAUGAAAUCUGGUUAAUAGUACCGCAAUGGCGGACGAAAAGUGGUAUUUUUCUAAAGAGCAACUAGGAAACACACCAAGCAGACGUUGUGGAUAUGAUAUGGACAAAGAAUUAUCGUAUAGACAACAAGCAGCGAACUUUAUUCAGGAUAUGGGUCAAAGGCUGCUUGUUACUCAACUAUGCAUCAAUACAGCAAUUGUAUACAUGCACCGUUUCUAUGUGUUUCACUCAUUCACGCAUUUUCACCGCAAUGCAAUGGCUGCUGCAUCAUUGUUUUUGGCAGCAAAGGUGGAAGAACAGCCAAGGAAGCUGGAACAUGUUAUUAAAGUGGCACACAUGUGUUUGCACAGAGACCAUCAGCAACCAUUGGAUACCAAAUCUGAGCAAUAUAUGGAGCAAGCUCACGAGUUGGUGUUCAAUGAAAAUGUGUUACUGCAAACUCUUGGAUUUGACGUAGCAAUUGAUCAUCCUCAUACACAUGUUGUUCGUUGCUGUCAUAUGGUCAGAGCCAGUAAAGAUCUUGCACAAACAUCAUACUUCAUGGCUUCUAACAGUCUCCAUUUGACAACGAUGUGCCUUCAAUACAAACCAACUGUUGUGGCGUGUUUCUGUAUUCACUUGGCUUGCAAGUGGUCAAAUUGGGAGAUACCUCAAUCAAAUGAAGGAAAAGAUUGGUUUUGGUAUGUGGACAAAACUGUCAGUCUUGAUCAGUUGGAACAACUGACAGCAGAAUUUUUAGUAAUUUUUGACAAAUGUCCAACAAAACUGAAACGGAAGAUAAUGAGUAUCAGUGCUUCUCAAACAGCACCAAUUCCGCCGACUAUGGGAGGCUCUCUUUUCGAUUCAGAACCUCGGAAAGUCAAGCCAUCUGAAGGAGCCAACCCAGCAGGAGAGGGUCUUGGUUUCCAGCAGUAUGGCCAAGCAGAGCUUAAACAUGCAUAUAAUGCAAUUAAAGAGGAGAACAAAAAUUCUACAGCCACAUUUCCACCAGUGAGUGGAGGUGGAACCAAGCACGCAGAGGUACAGUCACGUGAAACUAACUGGGAUCAUCGGGAGAAACGUGACCGUGAUCGAGAAAGAGACAGGGACCGUGACCGUGACCGUGACCGUGACCGUGAAAAACAGGACAGAGAUAAGAGUGGGACAUCAACGAACAGGGAAGUUCCUCAUCACCACCACCACCAUCACCACCACCACCACCACACCAGCAACAGUGGAGGAUCUUUGGCACAGUCAUCAAAUGGCCCCCAUCACAACAAGUCAAGUUCAAAUCAAGCUCUGUCAUCUCAGUCACAUCAUCCGAAGCAGGUGUCUUCACGGAAUGAUGUUCCCAUACGACAGUCUACAUCUUCAGCACGUGAUGCAGCACGUCGUGAACAAGCCCACAGCAGAGAAAGUUCAAAGCGGGAUGUGUCUGUAAGAGGUACAAGUGAACACAAGUUCAUACAACCAUCUCGGCAUGAAACCUCAGAGACAAGAAUGCAUAAUACCUCACUACCCCAGGAGCUGCCAGUAUCGUCGGCUGGUCAUAUUAAAAAAGAACCACGUUGUAUUGAGCUGACAGCAGAGUCGGUUGUUCAAGGAAAUGAGGCGGAUGAUAUUAGAUCAUCAGUUUCUGAUAGUAAGCAUUCUAGUAACACAUCAUUAUUCGCAAACUCGUCAAAAGAUGGGAUGAUGGCUAUGUCGACAGAAAGUAAAAAUAUUCAGGCAGAACAUUCAAAAUAUACCCAGAAUACAGAUGCUAUGAGACACAGGGGUUCAAAUGAAAACAAAAACAUUCUCAAUUUGGUUCACAGUAGUGGUGAUGUACGUGUUAAGGAACUAAUGAGAGCUGCUGGUCCAGCUGAUAGUGAUUUGUCUUCAAAUAUGUGGCAAGGUCCGUCACAGAAGAGUCACAGUGAUGCAACUUCAGAUCAGCACAAACAUCAACACAGUCACAAACAUUCUGGAUCUGAUAGCAAACAUCGUAGAUCUAAUUUCACUGAUUCACACAGCACUAUUGCUGACAUGUCAGAGCGAAGAACAGAUGGCAGGAACAGUUCUGAAGUGUCAAAAUCCAAUAUUCUUGCUUCUCAGCCAGGAAAAAGCGAUGUGAGAACAGAGCUUAAAGGUGAUCGUAAGUUGGAAAUGCCUUGUGAUGUGAAGUAUGAUAGACCAGAGAGGUGUGAACCUAAACAGGAACAGAUACAGAAUAGAGAUGACCACAAUGAAGACACUGUAACAAUAGCACCAACUAAAAAUGUAUCUUCAAAAUCACAGCAAAGUUCUGCUUCAGUUAGUUAUAGCUCAGAGAAGUCUAGUCACAAAACUCACCACAGAUCCUCAAGUCAUACAUCUCGAGAAAAAUCAUUGUCUGGGCAACUUCAGGUACAUUCUCAUGGACAGGGUACAUCCCCAGGCAAGAGUCAGAAAUCUCUCUUAAAAGUGAAAUCGAGUGGACAUUCGUCCAGCAAUAAAGCAGAUACAUUGCAGGUACCGAGCAUUAGUGUUAGUCAUUCCUCCAGCCGAGCAGAUGUGUCAUCCGCGUCUUCUCAUGUUUCAAGUGGAAAAAAUGAUCAGUUCACAGUUAAUGGUCUUCCUGUUGCAGUUUCUGGAGAAAGUAAAAAGAAGAAGUCUGAGAAAGAUGUGUCACCAUCAAAACUGUUACAGGUUGAACAUGAAACUGAAACAAUGAAGCAUAGUCCAUCAAAUUUGUCCACUCCCAGCAAGCAGUUAGGAGGUACCUCUCAGAAGACACACAGUUCAGAGAAAACCACACCAACAAGAGAAUCGCCGCACACGCCUCGUGUGGCGAAAUCCAAGCAGCGUACACCAUCCUCUGCAAGAAAAGUUCCUUCACAGCCACCUGAUACUACUCAGAUACAUUUUGGGUCUCCACCUCUAGUUGCCCCAAGCACUCCUGGAAAGAGUAUCUCAUCGGGAACCUCAAAUCAAAGCCAUAACCGUAACAGAACAAGUAGUUCAAGCAGUGAGCCUGAAUUAGUGCCAGUGGUUAAGAAGCUAGACGAGAUAGCAGGUUAUGAAAACAUAAUCAGAGAAGCAAAGAUGGGAAUUAAACUACCGGGUAAAGCAUCAGAGGCAACUCAGUCAGUUCGUGAAAAGAAGAAAGAUGAAAGUGGAAUGAAAGCUACAUCUAAGAGUAUGCCUGCAUCAAAGGAUGCAAAACCUACAAAUAUUGUUCGACAGUUUCCUAGUCACAUGGUGGCAGAGUCACAAAAGCCAUCUAUUACUAGUGAUUUGGGAGCAAUAGCAUUUCCAUCACCAGCAGCAGAAAGUGGUAGUGGUUUCUCUGGUUCACUUAUCCAUGAACUUAAUCUUAACAAUAACAACAUGUUAGAUGUUGUAACAUUGCUCGAUGUUCCGUAUGAGAAGACUGUGACACUGACUUCAGAAGGGAACCACGUCGACACUCCUGUGACAUCUGAAGCGACUGAUGCCGAUGACUCAUUGUUAAAAAAGGUGUCAGAACAUCAUAGAAGUGACAAAAAGAAGAAAAAAGAAAAGCACAAACAUAAAGAUAAAAGAGAUGAGAAAAAACAUAAAAGUAAACACAAAAGUAAAGAUAAAGAACGCUACAAAGUGGAGCAGCCUGAAUCUAUUCCAGCAGCUGCUGUUCCGAUUAAAAUAACGAUACCAAAAGGAAAGAUACAGAGUAGUUCAUUGGAACCAGCAUCUACCAGUUCCGGAUCUGGAUCGGAACUGAAACUGAAGUUAGGGCAAAAACUGAAAAUUGCCAGAGACCAGUUAAAAAAGCUAGAUGUACCUAGUGAUCCUCCACAAACUCUGCCAAAUACCCCGUUAAAAGUGAAGAUUCCUCAAGCUGCUCCUAGUGGUCCUCUGAAGAUUAAAAUCAGUUGUAACAGUGAUAGUGGCAGUGCGACGAGUUCUUCGACUCCUGUAAAAGACAAUCGAAAACGUGAGUGGACUGCUUCCAAGUCAGAGAUGAUAAAUCAGCCGCCUCACAAAACUGCACGUGUGACGACACCAGAGUCGUCAAAAAAAUCUACGGGUAGCAAGCACAAUGGGGCCGAAUUGCGAUCCAGCAGAGGGCCUCAUAGUACUAAGGUGAUGCCAAAGCCUGUGAGCACCAGUGUGAUGCACGCGAAAGGAGAAAAUGCAUCAGUUGAUGAAGAGCAAUAAUGCAGUUGUGCUUUAAAAAACAAAUUCUUUAGAAUUUCUUAUAUUGAAUUUAGCUAGCUGUUGAAUUAAACAGAUAGAUCACCAAAAGUGUUUGAUUUCUUUCCUUGUUUUUAUUUUUGUAUCUUUUAUUGAACAAGAAUGACUUUGAAUUGUGUAUUUUAAAAUAUGUUUGAAAGAGGUAUCAGGGAACUUCUUCAUUGCUUGUAUCUGUCUUAAUUUAAUAGUGCUUUCAGCUUUUAUUCCAAUCAUUCAUCUUUAUAUGCUGUAUUUUACUCUCAAAUACAAAGUAAUUCAUAGACAUGCGUAUUCAUACAAAAUGGAAUGUACAGAUUGUCUUCAUGUUUUUAAGAUAAUUGAUAUCGAAAUUGUACACAUUAUUUAUUUAUUUGCUCCAAAGUCUUUUGCCUUCAUAUUAUUAGAAAGAUUGUUUUAAAUGCCUUUUUAUUGACAACAAAAUGGCUAUUAAGAUGCAACUUUUAGAUGAUGAAGGAGUAUGCCAAAUUAAAUUUGGUGUGAUAACCCUGCUCAUUGAUUAAGCUGAAUUAUUUGUGCUUGUGUGUGUGUGUGUGUGUGUGUGUGUGUGUGUGUGUGAGAGAGAGAGAGAGAGAGAGAGAGAGAGAGAGAGAGAGAGAGAGAUAUGUGUAGUUUUCUAUUUUGUAUUUUAUUGCUACUCAUGAUUUUUAUAAAAUACUUCUCUUACUUUCUGAUUUUUGUUAGCAGUAACAACUUUUGAGCAGAUUGUAUGAGGAUUACUAUUAGAAAGCCACAGUGAUCAUGUGACACUACAGUGUUACAUUGCCAUGCAGUUAUUUGACACACACUGUAAUUAUCUGUUACUUCGCAUAGGUGACUUCCUAUUUACGACAUAUCCAUGUGAAAAAUCUGUACUGUUUGCAGCUGUAUAUAUGUUGUAACAAAUAUCACACAAAUGAUAAUAUGGGAGGAAUUACCUGUUAUUAGGCUAUAGUUAAAGAGUUUCUGUCACAUGAAAACAGUAGUAGAAUACUGUAAGUUAAGGCUUAUAAUAAUAAUUUUCAUUCAGAUAAUUUAUUUUGUUGCUAUGCUAUGUUGCAUUUUUGUAUCUGAAUAUAGUCAGUACUGCUGAUAGUAUUAUUUUGUUGUUGUUGUUGAUUUUGUUGUUGCUGUUUCUUUUAAUUUUUAAAAUUAACUUAGUCAUCAGCUCACUACCACCUCCAGUAUAAUGUCUGUGAACUGUUGUUCAGAUAAAGAAUUUAUUCAUCUCAUAAGAUAAAAUUAGGAACUGCAAUGUUUUGAUCAAUGUUAAUUUAAAGAUUUCAACCUGGUGCCCAUAAGAUUGAUGUACUAAAUACUUAGUCG